AGAGCGCUCCAUGCACUGAAGCAUAACGCUGAUGCUCUCCUGCUGCUCUGUGAGGAUGUCGCUGUUUGCCAUGGGUUUUCUGCUAGUCAUCCUUCAGCCGUCUGCCGGGCAGUUCCCCAGAGCCUGUGCGAACACGCAGGGCUUGCUGAGGAAGGAGUGCUGUCCCACCUGGAAUGGUGACGGGUCCCCUUGUGGGGAGCUUUCCAGCAGAGGCUCCUGCCAGAACAUCCUCCUUUCUCAGGCUCCAUUGGGACCACAGUUCCCUUUCUCAGGAGUGGAUGACAGAGAGGACUGGCCCUCUGUAUUUUACAACCGGACAUGCAGAUGCGAAGGCAACUUCAUGGGAUUCAACUGUGGGGAGUGCAAGUUUGGUUUCUCAGGACUCAACUGCACUGAAAGGCGACUGAGAACGAGAAGAAACAUCUUCCAGCUCACCACCAGUGAGAAGAACAAGUUUCUUGCCUACCUUAACUUGGCAAAGAACACAGUUAGCCAGGACUAUGUUAUUGCUACUGGCACGUAUACUCAGAUGAAUAAUGGCUCCAACCCUAUGUUCAGAAACAUCAAUGUGUAUGAUCUUUUUGUGUGGAUGCAUUAUUAUGCCUCUCGAGACACACUCUUAGGUGGGUUCAAUGUGUGGCGGGACGUUGAUUUUGCCCACGAAGCCCCUGGGUUUCUGCCUUGGCAUCGAGUCUUUCUACUGAUGUGGGAACGUGAGAUCCAGAAGAUAACAGGUGAUGAGAACUUCACCAUCCCCUACUGGGACUGGCGAGAUGCAGAGGACUGUGUAGUCUGCACUGAUGAAUACAUGGGUGGCAGGCAUCCCACCAAUCCUAAUUUACUCAGCCCAGCUUCAUUUUUCUCAUCAUGGCAGGUAAUUUGUACUCGGUCUGAAGAGUACAACAGCCAACAGGCUUUAUGCAAUGCCACAAGUGAGGGGCCUAUACUGCGAAAUCCUGGGAACAACGAUAAAUCAAGGACCCCAAGGCUCCCAUCCUCAGCUGAAGUUGAAUUUUGCCUAUCACUGACUCAGUAUGAAUCUGGAUCCAUGGAUAAAAUGGCCAACUACAGUUUCCGAAACACUUUGGAAGGCUUUGCUGAUCCACGGACUGCAAUAUCAAACAUAUCUCAAAGCGGUUUGCAUAAUGCACUUCACAUCUACAUGAACGGCUCCAUGUCCCAAGUGCAAGGCUCUGCAAAUGAUCCUAUCUUUGUACUACACCAUGCAUUUGUUGACAG